CAUCCCGGCUUCCUGCGCCCUGGGCGCACGGGGAGCGCAUAUAAGGCGGCGGGACCCGGGUGCUCGGCACAAAGCUCCGGGACCCGGCACGUCUCCAGGAUGCCGCUCCCACUAGUGGUUCUGGCCGGCAUGGCCCUCCUGUGUGUGGCCGACCCUCUAAGCCACCCCACCGGCUCCCGCGUGGCCCAGCUCUCUGCCAACUUUGGGAUGAAGGUUUUCCAGGAGGUGGCCAAGGCGUCCCCAGAUCGUAAUGUGGCCUUCUCCCCUUUCGGGGUGGCCUCUGUACUGGCCAUGCUGCAGAUGGCGGCCGCUGGGGAGAGCCGGAGUCAGAUCAAGGCAGCCAUGGAGUAUGGGGUCAACGAGCGGGGCAUCCCCCAGGCCCUGCGGUGGCUGCGCAAGGAGCUGACUGCCCUGAAGAACCAGGACAGGGUGGACGUUGCUGACGCGCUCUUCGUGCAGCGGGACCUGGGGCUGACACCCGGGUUCAUGAAGACGUUCGCCCGCACCUUCCGCCAGACUGUCAAACAGGUCAACUUCACGGAGGGCGAGCGCGCCCGCUUCAUCAUCAACAGCUGGGUCAAGGACAGCACCCACGGGAUGAUCAGUGACUUCCUGGGACCGGGCACCGUGGACGACCUCACCCGCCUGGUGCUGGUGAACGCGGUGUAUUUCAAGGGGCUCUGGAAGCUGCCCUUCCCGGAGGCAGACACGCGCCAGCGCGUCUUCCACAAGUCGGACGGGAGCCGGGUGGUGGUGCCCAUGAUGGAGCAAACAGCCAAGUUCAACUACGGCGAGUUCUUCACCCCGGACCAAGUGGACUACGACGUGGUGGAGCUGCCGUACCACGGGGACACGCUCAGCAUGCUUAUCGCCGCCCCCUACCGCCGAGAGGUGCCCCUGGCCACCCUCACCCGUGUCCUUGACGCCCGGCUGCUGGGCGAGUGGAAGGCGAACAUGACCCAAGUGCCCCGCCAGCUCGUGCUUCCCAAGUUCUCCCUGGAGAGCGAAUCUGACCUGCGCCGGCCCCUGCAGGAGCUGGGCGUGAGGGACGUCUUCAGCCUCGGCGCCGCAGACUUCAGCAGCCUCUCAGCCGAGGAGUCGCUGUACGUGGCCCAGGCCCUGCAGAAGGUGAAGAUCGAGGUGAAUGAGAGUGGCACCAAAGCCUCCUCUGCCACAGCUGCCAUAGUCUACGCCCGGAUGGCACCCCUGGAGAUCAUCAUGGACCGGCCCUUCCUCUUCGUGGUGCGGCACAACCCCACAGGUGCCAUCCUCUUCAUGGGACAGGUGAUGGAGCCCUGAGCAUGGGGAACCCCCCGUGCUGGGAGCAGACUGGGAAACGAAGCCAUCUUGGGGGGGCACCCCCCCUCCCUGGCUGAGGAGAUGCCUGUCCUGUUCAGUUUGACUCUCUGGGUCCCGUCCCCCCCACUCCCCCCCUGGAUUGCAGGGCAGCGGUGGGGCCAUAUAUGACAGCAGUCGCUGGGCUGUCCCCCACGGCCGGGAAUCCCAGGCACACUGUCGCCCUGCAGGCCUAGCCUGGGGCUCAAAUCUGCCCCCCAGCGACUCAGUUUCCCUGGUCCUACCAUACCUGGGCCUUGCACGGAUUCUAAUGGAUUUACACUGGAGGCUGCUACCUCACCCCCUCCUCUGGGGGGUGUCAGGAACCCUGUUCCCGGUCAGGGGGCUGGGCAUGAAUGUAUGGGAGAGUAAUAUAUUGUAGAGGAGAUAAUAUAUUCCUAGAUUUGUUUGCAGUUGAGGGGCCUGCGUGGCGUGGGUGGGAGAGGCUGGCACCCCGAAAGGGCUGGCCAGAGCAAAGCCACUCUAAGCUUUUGUUCACGGUUGAAGCACAAACUCCCCGUUUCUCCCCCCAAGAGCUCGGUGUGAGCCACAGCCCCACGGCGGGCAGAGGGGAGCCCUUCUCUGGGCCUACAUCACUCCCCCACAGCGCAGGAAGCCGGGUGAAGCAAUCAUGUGCGGCCGCCAGGGCUGCAUGUGCAGAUAAGAGCCAGCGGUGAGUCACCCUCACCAGCCGCACGCAGCCCCCCAAAAAAACUCAGCAGCUGUUUAAAAAUAACUGAGGUGAUUGGCCUUGGCCAGUCACGUUUUCCCACCCCUCACCGCCAGCGGCUUCCUUGUCAGCGUGAAACCAGCAGCCCGCAGGGUGGGGAUUUAAAUGCCCCACGCAUCCUGCUCAGCAGUGCCUUAAAGGGACGUGCCGCGGGGUGACAUCCUUGGAUUUUUUUUUUAAUUGAAUGGUUUUUAUUCCACUUUUGAUAUGUUAGAAAAGCAAUAAAAUUCUCUAUG